AUCAGCUGAGGCCGGUAAGAGGAAGGAACCAGGAAACAGUCUCCUCUGACUCUGACUGAAGGCGUUGACCAACAACAAGUACACAAUGUUCACAUUAGACAAGUAGAAACUCUUCCUGAUAAAAUGCAUUGUGGGAUACCUGGCAGUACAAAGUACACACUAGAUACCUCCUGAUCCGUCCUGGUUAAAGCAGCCGGGACAAGAACACAUCCAGGUCAGACUGGUUUCAAAGUCACUCUGAUGAGUUUUUACAACUAAUGAGGGACAACGAGCAGCUUCUUCUCAACACAUGAAUCUGGAAAGUGUCUGGAAGUCGAACUGAGGAAGACCAAAGACUCUCCUGUAUCCAGCUGUGUCCAUGGAGACUGAGCGGUCUAAGGCUCCACCUGUUGACUCCAAACAUGGACAGCAGUCUGCUGAUCCAGGGAGGAUCCUUCAACAGAAACAUGAUUCUCCUGAACACAGCUGUGUGUCCAUGAAGAGCGACUGGUCUAUGAAAGAACCUGUUACCUUCAAAGAUGGACACCAGUCUGAUGAUCCAGGGAUCCAUCAGCAAAGACCAGAUCCCUCUGGAAUCACAGCUGUGUCCAUGAAGAGUGACUGGUCUAUGGAUGGACCUAUUAACUUCAAAGAUGGACAGAAGUCAGCUGAUCCAGGACUUCAGCAGCAGAUCUCAGUGGUUUCAAGUCAUCAGUCUGAGCAGCAGCAUCACAAAGACCUGGACUCCAUAUUCAUGCUGCUGGAGGAGAACAUGGUCAGUUUUAUGAAGAAGGAGCUGAAGAAGAUCCAGAAGGUUGUGAGUCCAGAUUACCCAGAAUGCUCAGAGAGUCAGAGGGAGGAUGAGGAGGUGUUGGAGGGUGAGGAUGAAGAACAGAGGAGGAGCAGCAGAGAUUUAUUGGUGAAGAUGACAGUGAACUUCCUGAGGAGAAUGAAGCAGGAGGAGCUGGCUGACUGUCUGCAGAGCAGAACUGUUGCUGCAGAGUGUGGACGUAAAGUUAAAUCUAGUCUGAAGGAGAAGUUCCAGUGUGUGUUUGAGGGGAUUGCUAAAGCUGGAAACUCAACCCUUCUGAAUGAGAUCUACACAGAGCUCUACAUCACAGAGGGAGGGACUGCAGAGGUCAAUGAUGAACAUGAGGUUAGACAGAUUGAAACAGCAUCCAGGAAACCACACAGACCAGAAACAAGCAUCAGACAAGAAGACCUCUUUAAAGCCUCACCUGGAAGACAUGGACCAAUCAGAAGAGUGAUGACAAAGGGAGUGGCUGGCAUUGGGAAAACAGUCUUAACACAGAAGUUCACUCUGGACUGGGCUGAAGACAAAGCCAACCAGGACAUCCUCUUCAUAUUUCCAUUGACUUUCAGAGAGCUGAAUGUGGUGAAAGAGAGAAAGUUCAGCUUGGUGGAACUUGUUCAUCACUUCUUCACUGAAACCAAAGAAGCAGGAAUCUGCAGCUUUGAAGACUUCCAGGUUGUGUUCAUCUUUGACGGUCUGGAUGAGUGUCGACUUCCUCUGGACUUCCACAAGACUGAGAUCCUGACUGAUGUUACAGAGUCCACCUCAGUGGAUGUGCUGCUGACAAACCUCAUCAGGGGGAAACUGCUUCCCUCUGCUCGCCUCUGGAUAACCACACGACCUGCAGCAGCCAAUCAGAUCCCUCCUGAGUGUGUUGACAUGGUGACAGAGGUCAGAGGGUUCACUGACCCCCAGAAGGAGGAGUACUUCAGGAAGAGGUUCAAAAAGAAGGCCAGCAGCAUCAUCUCCCACAUCAAGACAUCACGAAGCCUCCACAUCAUGUGUCACAUCCCAGUCUUCUGCUGGAUCACUGCUACAGUUCUGGAGGAUGUGUUGGAAACCAGAGAGGGAGGAGAGCUGCCCAAGACCCUGACUGAGAUGUACAUCCAUUACCUGGUGGUUCAGGCCAAAGUCAAGAAGGUCAAGUAUGAUGGAGGAGCUGAGACAGAUCCACUCUGGAGUCCAGAGAGCAGGAAGAUGAUUGAGUCUCUGGGAAAACUAGCUUUUGAUCAGCUGCAGAAAGGAAACCUGAUCUUCUAUGAAUCAGACCUGACAGAGUGUGGCAUCGAUAUCAGAGCAGCCUCAGUGUACUCAGGAGUGUUCACACAGAUCUUUAAAGAGGAGAGAGGCCUGUACCAGGACAAGGUGUUCUGCUUCGUCCAUCUGAGCGUUCAGGAGUUUCUGGCUGCUCUUCAUGUCCAUCUGACCUUCAUCAACUCUGGAGUCAACCUGAUGGAAGAACAACAAACUACAUAUCUGAGGUUUAAACUCUCUGUAAACAAACCUAAACUACGACGUCUCCAUCAGAGUGCUGUGGACAAGGCCUUACAGAGUCCAAAUGGACACCUGGACUUGUUCCUCCGCUUCCUCCUGGGUCUUUCACUGCAGACCAAUCAGACUCUCCUACGAGGCCUGCUGACACAGACAGGAAGUAGCUCACAGACCAAUCAGGAAACAGUCCAGUACAUCAAGCAGAAGAUCAGGAAGAAUGUGUCUGCAGAGAGAAGCAUCAAUCUGUUCCACUGUCUGAAUGAACUGAAUGAUGGUUCUCUAGUGGAGGAGAUCCAACAGUCCCUGAGAUCAGGAAGUCUCUCCACAGAUAAACUGUCUCCUGCUCAGUGGUCAGCUCUGGUCUUCAUCUUACUGUCAUCAGGAGAAGAUCUGGAUGAGUUUGACCUGAAGAAAUACUGUGCUUCAGAGGAGGCUCUUCUGAGGCUGCUGCCAGUGAUCAAAGCCUCCAACAAAGCUCUGCUGAGCAGUUGUAACCUCUCAGAGAUAAGCUGUGAAGCUCUGUCCUCAGUUCUCAGCUACCAGUCCUCCAGUCUGAGAGAGCUGGACCUGAGUAACAACAACCUGCAGGAUUCAGGAGUGAAGCUGCUGUCUGCUGGACUGGAGAGUCCUCACUGUAAACUGGAAACUCUCAGUCUGUCAGGUUGUUUGAUCACAGAGGAAGGAUGUUCUUCUCUGGCCUCAGCUCUGAACUCCAACCCCUCCCAUCUGAGAGAGCUGGACCUGAGCUACAACCAUCCAGGAGACAAGGGAGUGAAGCUGCUGUCUGCUGGACUGGAGGAUCCACUAUGGAGACUGGACACUCUCAGGAUGGACCAUGGUGGAGAGCAGUGGUUAAAACCUGGUCUGAUGAAGUAUUUCUGUGAACUUGAAGUCGACACAAACUCAAUCAAUAGAUACCUCAAACUAUCUAACAACAACAGGAAGGUGACACAUGUGGAGGAGGAGCAGCCAUAUCCUGAUCAUCCAGACAGAUUUAACUGUUAUCAGCUGCUGUGUAGAAAUAUUGUGACUGGUCGAUGUUACUGGGAGGUUGAGUGGAGAGGAGUGGUUCAUAUGUCAGUGAGUUACAGAGGAAUCAGAAGGAGAGGAGACAUAAAUGACUGUUUGUUUGGAUUCAAUGAUCAGUCCUGGAGUCUGUUCUGCUCUGAUCAUGAUGGUUACUAUGUCCGUCACAAUAACAGAGAAACAUCCAUCCCCUCGUCCUCUGUCUCUCACAGAGUCUCAGUGUAUGUGGACUGUCCUGCUGGAACUCUGUCCUUCUACAGAGUCUCCUCUAACAAACUGAUCCACCUCCACACCUUCAACACCACAUUCACUCAACCUCUCUAUCCUGGAUUUAGAGUCUGGUUUACUGGUUCCUCAGUGUCUCUGUGUUCUCUGUAGGAAGGAAGGAGAGUCUUUAAAGUGACAGCAGCUUCAACUCUGCUUUAAAUGUUGAUGGUGGAUUCUCUUUGGUUCACAGAUGAAUCACUGACUGUGAUUUCAUGUCAGAAUAUGUUUCAUCUUAGAAGUAGUGAAAUAAUCUCCUAACAUGUGGAUUUUGAUGCUAACGUGUAUCUGGAUAAUCCUGGACUGAUGGAAGUGAAUAUUAUUUGUUAAGAUGUGUUUUACUGUGUGCUGUGUCUCCUGUGUCUGAAUGGACAUGAGACAUUAAUGAACUCUGGUCUCUACUCCACCUUUAUAUCAAUCAAUGUUCAUCAUCCUUAUUAAUCAACCUUUGGUUUUUAAUCAUUAAUCUUAAUGAAACUCAGUUCAGUGUAAACCAAUAAAUAAUCAGAUAUAAAAGGAUCAACAGGACUUCAUCAUCAUCUCAUCACUUAUUAAAACUUUACUGAAUCAA